GAAUACAACGGAUUGGACUGGGAUUGGGCUGAAGAGAAGGCCAAUGAAUUGGUGGCCAAUUGGACCAAAUCUGGUGAUGAAUCUGAUCUCAAGGAUCUAAUACACGGACCAUUGAAAUCGAGAACAGAUGGACAAAAAGAAGCGGUUGCGGACCGACCGUCGAGUAAUAUAAUGAACAAAAAGAGUGCCAACAAAGCAAACAAACCCGUAUUUGAAGGACCCGUUAAAAUGGACUCCGAGUCGGCGGUCGUUCCCGCAGAGGAUGGCGAACGCACUCGACUCGAAGCCAUCGAUUCUUCCUAUACUUAUGUCAUUGUAGACAAACCAUUUGGCGAAAGUGACGGCUCGGCGAAUAGAUUUGUCGCUACACUGGAACAGUUGGUUCGGGUCCCUAAGGGCACCUUCUCUAAUGUCAGGCCGGAUAAGGAUAACAGGGCUGAAGUCACCUUCAAAGUCAAUCCUAAUCGCAGAGAUUUAAAUGCAUCGCUGGUCGCCGCACAAAUCGAAUUAUUUUCUGUCAGACAUCACAUGAAUCUUAUGAUGUAUUUGAGAUGA